AUGGCAAGACAAACGCACAUACCAGAAGCACCGCCGUAUAUGCGCGGGCCUACAUCAGUCCUUCCACCACAACCCAACAGGCCGCUAUCAUUCACGCGACCUCUGAAGAUCUCAAAAGAGAAAGAAUACCCCUGGGACUCCCACCAAGACGAUAUUGUCGUCAAUAGUACUGAGUUAGAUACAGCAGGCCGCAAGCUAGGAAUCGACCAUUAUCGACACCAACUCACUUUGCGGAAGACGUAUGAGCAUAUCACCACAGACUUUGCACAGGACAUGGAGAAGCUCGUUCCUAGAGAUGCCUUCCCUGUGCCCUGUUCUUCAUCUCCACUAUCCUCCGAUGACGAGAAUGAGAAGGAGAACGAUGACGGAAACGAUGAACAUAUGCGACACAAGGUCUGGGACGGCAAAGCUCGCCUUCCUAAACCCAAACUCAACCGUCUCAAUUAUGACUGGUACCGCGCCACAACCACCAACCCUGCCGUCUUCCUCGCCAUAAUACGCAUCGCAGAAAAGAAUCUUCCGUUCAUAAACUUCGAUUCAGCAAUCACGCAUUUGCCCAACCGAGCCGUAAACGCUUCUCUACCAAUCCUUCCAUUCAACAACGCUCCCAAUCGAAAGUGGAAAGGCAAGGAGAAGGCUGUCUUCACGGACGAUCUACCGUAUGAAAAGAAGAAGGGCGAUCAACUCAUGACUAUCCUCUUCUUACCGGAGUUCUACAAAGAUGGCAAGCACGCGGUGGGUUAUUACGACAUAGCGCCUGGUCGAGACAAAUCGAUGAGACUGGAGGCUGAGAACGUCGUACAACUACUCUUCACUCCUUGCGACACAGAGGACCUGGUGCGCUGGGGAUUAGUGCACUGGGUUUAUGACGCGGGUAGUAUUGAUGAGGCGAGGACAUUGAAUGAUGCGGCCAAGAAGGCACUUGAGGAGGCGGGUAAAGAAUGUUCUCGAAGUCAGGGAGCGGAGGAGGUGGGAAUUGAGAAAGGGGGUGAGGAGCCGGACGCGGAGUUAAUGGAGUAUGUUGGGGCGAGAGGUGGGAGGUGGUUGGAUUUUGGCACGGUGGAGGAUUAUGAUGAGUGGGCUGAGGGGUUUAGGGUUGUGAGGAGGAUUUGGGAGAGGAUGAUCAAGAGUGUGGUGACUAGUGUGCAAGAGGGUGAGGCGCAAGUUUAG